CCGAACGUCGUCUUAAAGCCGCCCCGGGGCGAAGUGAACACACGUCACACGACGACUCCAGUCCAGUUACAGUAGUUAACACUAGUCGCAGUUUGGCCAGCCUGCGAGACGCGAACGGUUUAACCUCGCCUCCUUUACCGCGACGAGCCAGCGGGGCCAGCCAGCCAGCAGUGACGAGCGCGACAAACCAAUCGCCGCUCGCACACCACGACACACCCUUUCCAAUGCUCGUCUCGUUUAUUUUUGAGACAAUCCUGGCGAGGUAGUGGCUGAUAAAAAAAAAAAAAAAUUACGCUUUACGCGCUUGUCACACAAUUGUCGACGUCGGCCAAAUAAGAUUUUGAUGUUCGUCGGCCUAUAACCAAUUUAAAUUGCGACAGUAUGAGCAGCAGAUGGACUGUGCGCUAGACCUGAUGCGGAGACUGCCUCCGCAGCAAAUUGAAAAAAACCUCAGCGACCUGAUCGACCUGGUUCCUUCGCUAUGCGAGGAUCUACUGUCCUCCGUAGAUCAACCGUUAAAGAUUGCCAAGGACAAGGAGUCCGGCAAGGAUUAUCUGCUGUGCGACUACAACAGAGACGGGGAUUCGUACAGGUCUCCCUGGAGCAACACCUACGAUCCGCCGCUGGAGGAUGGCUCGAUGCCCUCCGAGCGGCUGAGGAAGCUGGAAAUCGACGCCAACCAUGCCUUUGAUCAGUAUCGGGAGCUCUAUUUCGAAGGUGGGGUCUCGUCGGUGUACUUGUGGGACUUGGAUCACGGCUUCGCGGCGGUGAUUCUCAUCAAGAAGGCCGGCGACGGCUCGAAAAAGAUCAAGGGAUGCUGGGACUCGAUACACGUGGUGGAGGUGCAGGAGAAAUCGACCGGCCGCACCGCUCACUAUAAACUCACGUCGACGGCCAUGCUGUGGCUGCAGACCAACAAGCACGGCUCCGGUACAAUGAAUCUGGGCGGCAGUCUGACGCGUCAGGUAGAACAGGACGCUCAGAUCAGCGAAACGUCCCCCCAUAUCGCGAACAUCGGCAGAAUGGUGGAGGACAUGGAGAACAAGAUUCGUAACACGUUAAACGAGAUCUACUUCGGCAAAACGAAGGACAUUGUGAACGGGCUGCGGUCGGUGCAAUCCCUGGCCGAUCAGAGACAGCAGGCCGCGCUCAGGCAGGAUCUCGCAGCGGCGCUGCAGAGGCGAAACGCCAACAAUUGAUCUUGCGAAGAGCAGGAGAGUUUCGAUUACGAUUACGAAUAGAUUUUUCAUGGUAUUUUUGGAUCCUUUCAAUCUUGCUUGGGAUCUUAACGAUUUUCAUAGACGUCUUUAUAUUUUUAGAAUCCGCGGAACUUUGGAUUCUUAAAAAAAAAGUUCUGAAUUUUUUGCGGCGGUCUUCGAGUUCUUUAUCCGAUAAGUCUUAUAUAUAUAAAAAAAAAAAGAAAUCUUGUUGGACUCUUGGGAAUUUUAAAUGCUGCGACCUGGGCCUUUUCCAGGUCUGUACCGUAUCUAUAGAAUUCGUAAAAAUCCUUGGAAUCAUUGUCUACACUAUUGAAGAAUGACACUUAUUAACUGUACUUUGUUGCCCUAAAGAGAUACGAAUCAAUCACGAACGCGUUGAUUAAACCUAAACAGUAUGAAAUACUUUGUUUAAUUUAGAAUGAAAUAGAGUUUAUUGUAAAUAUGCGGGAAAGGUGCAACGCGUUUUAGAACGGUAAAUUAGAUAAAGAACAAUGUAAAAUGCAAAAGAGAGUGAAUUAUAAUAUAGUUAAUGCUUAACUACGUAAAAGUUCGAAAAAAAGGGAUACAAUUAGCAAUUCUCUCUUUUGAUUUGUAUUAAGUUCCGACACAAACGAUGAUCGCAAAAGUGGUAAUAAAUUCAUAACAUUUUUGUAAAUGUUUGGAAAGUAUUAAUAUUCCGCUUAUACUGUUUAGGGUUAAAUUUAAAGGCGCGUAACUCAGCGCUGAAAACAAUAUUAAAAACGGUUUGCGUAAAAUUGAAUGAAAAAGAAAUGUAUCGUAUUGCAUUGUCAAGGAAUCUGUCCUCGCAAAUGGAAAAAUCUUUUGAAAACUGUGCACAUAAGAAUUACGUGAAUUCUCUUCAUUUGUAUUAAAAUCAUUUAGAUAACUAAUUUAGAAAGUGGCAAAGCUCAAAAUUUUUGUAAUUGUGUAACAUUUGGAUAUUGUGAAAAGGAUAACCUUAUCUACGUUAUUUAAUAUUAAAAUCUGAGGCAUAGCUGAUCUCUCCUCUCCGAGGGACAGUAUAUAAAACGAUUUAUUUACGCAAAAGUCCAAAAAGGAGCGGUUGCAUUUUGCAUUUGUUAAUAAUGAAUCCAUAUAUAAUGCGCAAAUAAAAGUUUUCAAAUUAAACUUUA